UUGAACGCGGUCUUCUGACAGGCAGCAAGCCAACAUCGCAACGGUACUUUUUGUAUCAUUGCAUCGUGUGUGUGUGUGUGUGUAUUUGUGCGAUAACGGUAUACGGAUACGGUGCAUUGACGUUUUUACUUAACUUUCGUUUCGGUUAUUCAACUGCAUUGCAUUUGUUUUUUAUUGUAAGCACGCUUUGGAGCAAUCGUGCAGCCGAGUGUAGACUCCUCGUCGUAUAUAGCGUCCUUUGCUCAAAAAAUCUCAAUUCGUGCGUGUUGGCCAACAACCAACAAUACCAUCAACAACAUCAUCAUCAGACGCAUCCUUGGCUCGACUUGACUUGCCUUGCCUUGGCUACGCAGGAACAUUUCAGUCAUCAUUCAGAGGUGGCGGCGAUUCGACGCGUUUCUUCCUCGAAGUCACAUAGCCAUGACUUUUCGACCAAUAUUCCUACGAAUCGUGGACUAGGCUAAGACAUACACGUAGACGCGAAUGUUGUUGUGUGGCGAAGACGUCAAAGGAUAAUCGUAGAGAAAAACGCUAUAGCUUGAUUUAAAAGUGUAUCUGCAGUAAAUUUGAAAUUCUUGAGCCGUACGCCGCUUCGUCGCCGACUGCUGGUCGUUUAUACUCGGUCGAUUAUGUGUUUUUUGUUCUUGAAGAGCCACCAAAGAAAAAAUAUUUUCAUGUUUCAAGGAUAGGUUGGCGGCAAAUUUGAAAAUGUUGUCAUCGGCGGCGGCAUGCCAUUGUGGGUGUUGUUGCUUUCAGCGCUCCGUGUUGGUGGCAGUGGACCGAGUGUGGUGGUAAAUUUGUCACUAUGAUGAGCUGUGCGUGUUGAUUUCAUUUGUUUUUGUUUUUGUUUUUUUUUUUGGGAUCGCACUGACUUCUUCUUGGCAAUUAAGCGUUGGCUUUGUGAAAGCCCCAGAAUGAUGUCAUACGGAUGAUCCGACAGUGCGAAAAAUAUUUAUGCAAAAAUUGAAUGAACAAAGCAUAACAAGUGAUAUGAGGAUAAUAGAUGUAUAUGUAUGUACAUAUGUUUGAAUGUAUGAUAAAGUGAGGCAAAAAGGAAAAUAUUGAAAUUGAAUACAGUGCACACAUACAACUGUAUAAAGAAAACAAGUGUGAACGAAAGUGAUUGCAUGAGACAACAGAAAACCAAAACCGGAAAUUUUUCAGUACUCAUGUGCAAAAAAAUGAUUCUUCUCAGUCAUUCAACAACAGUACGUAUAAUAUAAAAUGGAUUUAAUUACCCAUAAAGGAUUACGUUAACAACACAAAAGGAUAAUUUAGCAGCACAUCAAAGCAGCGGCCAGUAGCAGUGAGGAUAGAAACAAACUACGCUCGACGCACUCGAGGCUCUCUAUAUGUCUUGUUUAGUGGAUUAUUUUCAACAACAACAACAAUAAUAAUAACAACAAGAACGAAGAACAAACGACAUCACACAUAAAAUAACGGCAAUAAUAACAUUAAAAUGUGUUUGACUGCGUUUGUAAGCGUAUAAUGUGUUAGCUAACAAACAACACAAAAAAAUACUUAAUACGUUCAACAACAAAAACAACAAAUAAUAAUUCGCAAUGGAUUUAUUGUUACUAUUACAUUUACUCAUACUACUCAUCAGUCAAAAUGUUGCAGUGCUCGGACAAUUGGAUGACAGUUGGCUAACAUUGGCACCCUCAACGCCAUCUAUCACACAUUUUGUAAAUGAUUCCUUCAUAAUAUUCUGUAAAACAGUACAAAAAGAUGCGAGUGCGAAAUGGAAGGACCCGAAGGGGAAGGCCAGAGAAAACACAAAGGGGCGCGUGCAUAUCGAAAAGAAAACGGGAUUUUUGGCUUUAGUCUUUGAGCACAUUGCGCUGACGGACAAGGGCAACUGGACGUGUGAAGCUACAUUGACCAACAAUAACAACAAUGAAGCAACAUCGUUGUCAUCAACGCCGGAUGCUGUGGCGGUCAGCAGCGAGGCGAGGAAGUCUUUUGAGCUGCUCGUAAAUCAAAAAAUCUCCUUUGACAAAACGGAACUGGUGCAGUCAGCGGGUGAGGGUCGUGACGCUACGGUCAAGUGCUCGGUACAAGGUGAUCCACGUCCGGACGUGUCCUGGCUAUACAAUGGCGAAUAUAUAAACACCGUCAACUCAACGAAAUACAAAAAACUCUCCGAUGGACUCUUCAUCAAGUAUGUACAGCAAUCGGAUGCUGGUGAAUACACGUGUCGUGCAAUGAGAAUCACACCAACUUUUGCUGAUUCGGAACAAAUUACGAUUCUACUGAGGAUACAACAUAAGCCCCAUUGGUUCGAUAAUGACACUUCAUUGGUGCAAUACGCCUACAUCGGUGGCAUGGUGAAUAUCUCGUGUGAUGCCAUGGGCGAGCCACCACCUUCGUUUACCUGGGUGCAUGAGGGUCGUGCCAUAACCGGACGUAAUUAUCGCAUUUUCUAUGCCGAUUACGGCUCAACACUACAAAUACACGUCCGAAAUGAAUCGCAACUUGGCGAUUAUAAGUGCAAAGUUGCCAAUCAGUUGGGCAUGCUGGAGCGUGUGGUGAAGUUGCGCAAAGGGCAGAAACCAAGCGGACCGACACGUUUUCAAUUGCUGCGUUCGUUCACCGAUGGCUUCGACCUCGAUAUCAGAUCGGUGAAAUACUCGAAUGUGGAGGAGAAUAUGCACACGUUCGGCUAUCGUGUGCAGUAUAUGAGCGAAGGGGAUUUUAAGCAUAGCGCGGGCAAUUGGAGUUAUGCCAAACAUAAGGAUUUUCUUCUGCAACGAGGUGGCCGCUUCGUGCUCGACGGUUUGGAUCGCAACACCACGUAUUUGGUGCGCGCCGCAACACGCAACAAGGCUGGUCUCAGCGAUUGGAGUACGGUGAAAAUUUUCGCUACACUAACUAAUUUCGGCCGCAAAACAGUCAUGAUUAUUAUCUGGCAGACGAGCUUGAUAAUUGGCUUAGGAUACACACUUAGUGAAUAUGUCAAAUUUGGCGCGUAUAUUUAAGUUCACGCAGAAAAUUAUUAGCAGUGGUCAUGAGUAUUGUAUGCAUAACUGUAUAUUCUCAUAUAUAUUUUACUAUUUUACAAUAAUUUUUGUUCACUCCCCCCCCCCUCCCCCUUUGGCUCCUCCACACAGUACAUAGAAAUGCUUUCCUUGUUAUUUAAAUUAUUGGUAAAAUGUAUGACGGAGGUUUAGUUGAGAGGGUUGGUUGAGAGGGUCAGUUGAGAGAGUCAGUGAUGUAGAAAAUAAUGAUUUGGUCUUCAGAGAGUGUGAGAAACUGACUGAAAUUGGAAAUGGAAUUGCCAUCCGCAAGCUAGUAUUCUUACUAUUUAGAUACUACUGGAACAGAGGUGCUUAGGAUGAGAAUGACACUACUUCUACUUAGAGUAAGCGUCCACCGCUGUUAUUAUUAUUAAAGCGGUUUGUUCAACAUCGCCUAGGAGCAGCCAAAGCAACGAGAUCAUCUACCGGAAGGUCCAAGAAUCACACUAUUUCGAUCGAUUCAGACCAGAAGGAGAGGAAUAUAAGAUAAGUAGGUUUUAGUGGACACGCGAGGAGAUGGUUAAGGUUAUGCACGAUUUCAUUGUAUUCAGUAAAUAUAUUGAAAGUGGCGGGUUUAAGUAUGGCUAAAAGAGAAACAGACAACAGUGUUCAGAUCUAAAUUGUGCUGGUAUUACUCGAGUCUCGCUUGUCAGCUCCAACACCACAAUUUCUAUGGGUGGCGGUUGGUUUCCGAGCAUACCAUUUACAGAAAACUAGUUUAAGAAGUAGUUGACGGUGUCUCUGCGAAUGUUGUUUGAGGAAUCUCGAUAAUUUGUUCUGUUCAGCGGAUCUACUCUUUUUUGUUAAUGUUCUCGGGGGAACUCAAUCGUUAACUAUAAUAUGAAAAGGAUAUAGGUUCAAACUUUGUCAAUUUACCAAGUAAUGUUGACCAGAAAAAUGAGAAAAAAUUUAUAGGACCUUCCGCUUUAAUACUUUCUCGAGGCGUUUACUUUCGUUGUCAUCUUCAUUAAUGUUAACGUCAUGUCCAAGCAACACAGAAGCUGUAUCCUCGUGAGCUCAUUAUAGAACUCAUUCAGUUCGUGGUUCAACCUGCUUCCAUUACGCAGACAGAGCAAACGAUCUUUCGUAGAAUAGAGCUACAGGAAUGCUCCUAGAUCAUGCUCGUCUUUGUUCGUCAUCGUCAACGUUUCUGCGGUAUAUUAAAAGAAUAUGACUGAGUGUCGUCAGCAAAGUUUCCGAUAUAAGAACGUAUGUUCCGGAAAUCUUAUCAUCUGCAGCUGGAAGUUUGAGUGGAAAAAAACAGCUGCUUCGUUGUCUCUUCAAUAGAAAUUUAUAAAAAUAGAAUAGUUAGAAAGAUCCAGGACCUGAUAGAACUCGAAGUUUAUCUACGAGUUUACAGUUUCUUGAAAUAUCUGUUGAGUAUAUUACGAACUAUUGAAAGGGUGUUUUUUAGACGUAUGGUUUUCAAUGGGGCAAAACUUGGUUCGGGGUCGAUCUCGUUGACAGCUGUACACAACGAGCACUGCGUCUAAUAAUCAGCCGACAUAACGGCCCAGCAGAGUCGGUAAUUCGAGUAACCAUUGGAAACUUUUGGUAUGUACAUUAUCUCGCGUCGUCGGUCUGUAUCAUGGCCUUUAAAGUCUUUUGUUUGGGCAAAACAUUCGGUGCAUUAUUGCUGGCCUACGGUCUCACUCGCUGUAAAAUUGGUCAAAACUUCAGCCUCAUGGCUGGAAUUGAGCCAGUAGUCUCCUUUAGGAACCCGAAAAAAGCGUUUUUUCGGGAAUUUUUUGGAAGGAAAUUAUUACGGUAAACAAAAUUUUCAGCCAAUAAUGUACUAUAUUUAAGCUUCAAAAAACAAUUUUUAGUAUAAAAUAAUAUUGGAACUUUCCAAUUUUGUUAUGAGUUUUCUGCAGCGGUUGCAGUCUGAACUUGUGAAACGGUGCCGGUGAUGGAGGUCGGCGAUGCAUUUGAAACAGUCGAGCUAACUUUUUUUUUUUGAUUUUCAUACGUGUGUCUUCCAUAUAAAAUAA